AUGUCGGAUUUAUUCAAGCCCGAGUUGCCCUCCCUCAGUGGGGCUUGGGACUUGGUGGGAGCCUACUGGGACAUGAGACAAGCCAAUUAUCAACAUUCAACCAGAUACUUCCAUGCCUGGGGGAACUAUGAUGCUGCACAAGGGGGCCCUGGGAGUGUCUGGGCAGCUAAAGUGAUCAGCAACGCCAGGGAAGAUCUUCAAGGACUCUUAAACCAGCAUCACUUUGGAAGCAGCAGCUGUGAAUUGGAGAACUUGAAUUCCAACCAGAAAGCUGGGGAAUGGGGCCAGAGUGGCAAUGACCCCAAGCACUUCAGACCUGCUGGCCUGCCUAAGGAAUACUGA